UUACUGAGGAAACGGGGAGUAAUAUCUUGGAAUGCCUGUCAGAGCGCUGGCACGGCCGUCGCGAUGAAGCGCUGACCUCGAUGUACGCUGAGCUUGCUUGCAUUGCCAGGGAGUUGGAACCCUCUGUUUUGGAGCCUGGAAAUUUGCUGCUGAAAAAACUGAUGGAAUCUGAUAGAAAAAUUGAACUUCUGUUUGAAAAGAUUGAGUGUGACACUACUCUGGAAGGUUUCUCCAUUGAAGGUUUGGAAGAACUGUGGAAUAUCAUCCAUCAGGAAUCCCUGACCAGAAAGGCGUGGAUUAGGGAAAUGGAUGAAUCCCUAAAAGAGGUUGAAAGGAGUCGAGCUGAUAAAAUAACAGAUGUGCUGAGGAAGUAUACUGUGAUACUGGAGGGAACUUCCUUCUCUUCAGCUGAUGUUUACAGGUUCAUGAAUGAUGAGGCCAUGCUGAUUAACAGAGCACUGUUGGCUAAUCAGAGGGCACUUGCCAAACUGUUCUUUAAUCUAAUGAAAUCAGAGAUGAAGACAGAAUUAUCUCAUCGAUUGAAAUGGGAAGACAGAGUCAAGGACUGGAAGCUCAUCCAAAAGAACUCUGUAGUUCACAAUUUCAGAGAAUUUAUGGCUAGUGAAGAAAUACAGAAUCCCCCGACUGUGAAAACAGAGAUGGAAAAUAUGAUAACGGAUCAGAUUGUGCUUAGUCAAAGGAGACUGGAGUUUUUACAGCACCUUGGUGACUUGUUGCCUCCGACGCACACGAAAGCUGAGAUAGAUGAAUGGUACACGUCUUUGGUGAAUUUAAACAGGAGUAUAGAUACCCGCCAUGCGCAGUGCCUGACGAAAAUACGCGUCCAGUAUGAGAUGGUCCAGCAAAAAUGUUCAGCAGAAGUGCAGUUGUGCAAGAAUAAUCUGUUGAAUCGGAAUGUUUGCACAAACAAAGAAGCUGAAGAAAUUGUGAAUUCUGAUUUACUUCCAUUGACCGAGAAACUAAAAAGUCAGUUUGAAGAACUGGAGCAUAUGGACAGAGACUUUGAGGAGCUGGCUAAACAGAACGAGCAGAAUUGUAGAGACUUGUACAGCUAUUUUCAGGAGGUGAUGGGUCUCUGGGAUGUCCAUCAACUCAGACUGUCCGAGCAGGAAGGUGAACUUCAGAAGAAAUUAGACAAAUGCAGAUGGAAACGGGAUAACUUAAUACAGACGAUGGAAGCUAAACUGGAUAUAAUUUUGAAUAAAAUGAGGACAGCGAGCUCUGAAGAAAAGCUGAAUAAAUAUUUGGAGAACGCCCUUUCUUCUUUAGAUGGCAUUAGAGCUAGGUAUGAGUCAUUCCACCCAAUUCUAACGGAUAAAGUAAUGGCUUACCCAGAAGCUAUUUUGCAGGAGUUGAUUUCUUAUAGUGAAUCCAUCAGCCAACAUUUUAAUGUAAAGGAAAUCUUCAAACAGAACUUGCAAGCAAAGAUAGACUCCACGUUUCAAGAUCAAGUAAAACUCUGCUUUAACUGGAAAGAACUAGUUAAGGCUUCAGAAGCUGAAUGUCUGGUGGAGCAGCAAGCUGAGAGCAUUGUGCCAGAAAAUGAAGGAGAGGAAAAGAGUGACAGUUGUCAACAAGAAAAUGAAGAAACAAGUACAGCUGAGAACGAGGAGAGCUUUGGACAGAGGAAAACUGAUGAAAGAGAGGAAAAAGAAGAUGUGGAGACUAUUCCUCGUGAAAUUGAAGAAACUGAGCAUGCCGAACAGGGGGUAAGCCUUACCCAGGCUACGUUCGAGAGCAGCACGGUAGAAAGCUCUGAAAUUGCCGUUGAGACCUUUUCUACUUCAAGUGGAAACUCUUACACGGUUCUUGGAGUUGAAGAGGCAGAAAAGACUGACAUCCCAGAGACUUAUUUUACAAAAUAUGAAAAAGAAGAAUCACUUCCUACGUACCUGAAAUACGUGCUUAUCAAAGAAACUAUGUUUGUAGAGCUGAAGAAACAGAUUCGCCUCUGGUUUUUUGAACACUUGGAGAAAUGGUUUGCAGAGUCGUUGUCCGACUCCCGUGUCUUUGUAGCUGCCAAGAAAGAGGAGCUGGAUUCAGAACUUCAGCUGCGUCUUGACUUGUGUCAGCAAAGGCAGGAGAAUAUAGAGACAAAUAUCUACAACGUUAGAGCUGGGGAAAUGUUGCUUCACAAAGAGCGUCUAAAAUGCCACUGUUCAGAGGUGGGGGAAGCUCUGAAAAAGGAGAAGGCUGAAUUUAUCACAUUUUGUGAUCAGCAAAAUAACAUCAUCGAAGACUUACGUUCACGGAUCCAUGACAUGGAGUCUGUCUUCCUCAGUGCUCCUAUGACUGAGAAGUUAGUUUCUUUCAGCGACAGUGUGCACUCAGAGCUACAAGAUCGUCUGGAAGCCAUCCAGGUUUCCCUGAGGAGUUACCGGAACUCAUUGGAGGAAGCUUUAGGAAAAUUAAGGGAUUCAAAUGUGGAUCUUCUCAAAGCUUGCAGAUUGUCUUUGAAGGGAGGUGACUUUUCUCCUGAGGAGGCCAAGUCUUUCAUCAAGCGUCUUCAGAGAGAAAGUGAGAAUAUUGACUCUUUUGAAAGGUUAAUCAAGACAGAUAUGGAGAAAAUGGAAUCAAGCUGCUUGAAGCAGGCUACUGAACUUAUCAACCGGUCUGAAAAAAAGCUCCGUCAUCUCUUUGCGAGUCGAGUCUUUAUGGAGAAGAUGCAACGAUUUUUGGCAAAUCUAAAAGUGCGAAUCAAAUCAGAGGUAGCAAAUUCCAAUUUGCAGGCAGCGACAUUAAACUCUUCUCUGGAGAAGCUCCGUCAGAAGAUAGAUGCUUGUGCUCAGCCUACUGCAGAUAAAGAAGCUUUGACUUCUGAAGAGUGGUAUGAUUUUACCCAAGGAGUGUCGAAAGAGCUGAAAAAGAGGAGCCAGUACCUUGACUGCUUGCUAGUAAAAGCAAUGAGCCCACGUGCUGAUGAGGACUUUACCCCUCUUGCAACGGACGUUGAGUUACAAGGUCCAAUUGCUCUUGCCAGUCGAACAGAGUGUCUCAGAGUUAACAACAAAGUGAUGGUGAUGGGGCUGGAUCCUGUCAAAUAUCCUUUGUUAAAUCCAAGCAGAAUGGAAAAGUCUGCACUUGAUGAUUUAUCAAUAAGGGUUAUUAAAAAUUUACUUGAAAUUGAGCCGUCCAGAAAAUCUUCAGGCCUAAAUGAGGAGAGAGGUGAUCAUUCACAUCCGUUACGGCCAGCAAAUAUUCCCACAUCAAAGAGAACUUCUCAGUUACAUGUAUCUGAUGAAGGUCCUCAGAGCUCUGCCACUUCCCGCUGCGCAACUCAGACCAGCAAGGGGUCGUCUUUCAAGAAAAAGAAAAACAUGCCAACGGGAAGGAAACAGAAACACACCAGUCCAGUUCGCAGUGUCAAGAGAUUCCAGAUAUUUGGAGAGAAGCCUCCAGAAUCUGAUACUUUUAAGGGGAUUAUUAGGAAUAUUCUCUGGACGGGUAAUAGCAGCUUGCUCUCCCUUGCCAAGGAGUUCUAUGGAAAAGGGAAGCGUCAAAUGACAAUGCCUGAAGGUCUGCCAGAGUCAUUUGAACUUUGUGCAGAAAUGUUCAACAAGCGUCUGUUGUCAUACCAAAGUCAGACGGAUGAUUAUUACAAUGCCAGUCUCACAGAAUUUCAUGAUCAACUGAAGUUGUUUGAGAAGGAACUCCCUCAUGUCUCCCGGUUGGCAGUUGAUAGUCUUUUUAAAGAGCAUGAACAGAAGCUCAGCUAUUCCACUGAUCAGAUUCGGCACCACUUCAAUAAACAGCUGGAAGACUGGGAAAGUAUGAAGGCUGUGCACAGGAAUCGGUUACAUCCCUCUCUGGGACACCCGGACAACUUACUUCAGCUGGACGCUCUGUGCCAAGAGGAAAUAAAAAGGCAAAAAGACCACGCUGAUGGUGUUCACCUCAACACGCAGAUGCUGCAGGACUGUGCUGCUGAGUGUGCUCAGAACUUUGUUUCUGCGCUCGCUGCCUUCACUGAAAAGCUGCUUCUGGAAUUAGAUGAAACUAUCACUAUUGAUGAUGUGGAAGUAGCAAAAACUGAAAUACCAAGAGAGAAGACCUCCACUUUAAUCCGCCGUAAACAAGCUGGGCUUCCUCUAGAAAUCUGUGAAGUUGCACAGUUAACGGGACGUGGGAGCAGGACUUGGCCAGGAAUACCCGUGACUACUCUCACAGACAAUUCCGACUACAUCCUUUGCAGAGAAACCGUAUCAGUUACCACAACUAAGACUACCCUGGCCCACGUAGCAGCAGUAGAAACAAGAGAUGCCGUAUAUAAGAAAUACAGAUGUAAACUUGAGCAGCAGUUUGCCCAGGUCAAGGAAGAAAGUACAGCUCAGCUGCUGACAAUUCAGCGUUGGGAAGAUUGGUGGAAACGAUCCGUUCAGAAGAUUAAGCAACUCUAUACAUGA